CAUACAUGCAUAGACACAGAAUAAGAAGAGAUCUAGUUUUUAACAUGAGAUCAUAAAGUAUUUUACAAUUUUUUUUGCAAUUAAACAUGUUGUUAUAUAUUGAAUUUAAUUUUAAAAAAAUUCAAAAAAUAUUAAAUAUUCUCAGUAUGCAAUAAUUAUUUUUUAACUUCUACUUUGCUGCAUUCGAUUCUCCAAAUCACUGUGCCAAAUUUUUUCGUACUUUUAAACAAAUACAGUUAUACAAAUACAUGUGUAUCUACAGCAAAUAUUGUGUUCGUGUAUGCUAAAAAGACAGUACGAGUGAUAUUGGUGAUUACCUUAAUUUGCAUAAAAUUUUCAAUUUAUUUGGUACAGUAUAUAUAAUUGAAUAAUCAUCUAUUAAACAAUAUUUAUUGAUGAUUGGAGGUAAACUGCUAUCUAGUAUUAUUCUAUAUGUUUUGUGAUAAUACUGAGGAACCAUUCAAUAUGUGACAUUUAGCCAUAAAAUUUCAAUAAAGCAGUAUUACAAUCAUGAUUUUAAUUGGACGACGAAUUUGGGCCUUUAGGCUUUCAAUAGUACUUAGUAUUUGUGCUGUGCUAUAUUUUUGUGCUUAUUUUGGUACUUCUGGCCCUUGGAUUGAUGAUGGAACAACAGCAGCAGCUGUAAGCAAUUUGGAACAAAUAAAAUCAGAUCUAACUCAACAUCAAACCACUUUCACAUCUAAAAAUAAUAGUAAAAAAACGAAUUCCAUUAAACCAACAUCAGCCACGGGGUUAGCUUCUUCAAUACUAUUACUACCAUCAGCACCUUUAGUUUCAUCACUAUCAUCAUCGGAUUUAAAAAAAUUAGAAGAAAAAGAAAAAUCAAAAAAUACAUCUCAUGUUGGAGUUGAAUUUCAAGAUGCACAAGAUAAAAAACUAUCACAAUCAUCCUCAAUUACAUUAUCUACUCAACAAUCAAAGAAUAAUUCUUUGAAGGACAUUAUUAAAUGUAAUGAAAAAACAUUAGAACCCAAAAUGGCUCAACGUGGUGAUUAUUGGGUAUUAUACAAUUACGUGCCAAUGAGUCUUAAGAUACAAUGUUGGGAAAGCGUGACUUAUACAACUCAUGCUGAUUUUACAUUUCUUGAUAAUCUAGAACCUUUGUUAAAACGUUGGCAAGCUCCAGUAUCAAUAGCUCUGCAUACACCGGGAACAGAUUUCCAACCAACUCUAGAUUCAAUCAAAUAUUUAAGAAGUUGUAAAAGUUCCCUUAUCUCAAAAUUUACAACAUUUCACAUUUAUUUCCACAGUAAACAUAUUCCAAAAGUGGUGCCAUCAAGUAAAAAAGUUAUGGAAGCCGAGCCAUAUAAUUGUAGUCUUGGUCCACCUUGGACUAAUAAUAAUUAUAUUAAUAAUAAAAUGUAUAAAAACAAAGAAAAACUUUUAUAUCCAGUGAACGUUGGUCGUAAUAUUGCUCGAGAAUCAGCAAUAACUCAUUAUGUAUUAGCUAGUGAUAUUGAAUUAUAUCCAAAUCCUCCUAAUCUGCCAAUCAAAUUUUUAGAAAUGAUUAGAAGAAAUGAUGAUCCACUAUUGUUAAGUAAACAUCAUAAAGUAUUUGUUUUACCAAUAUUUGAAGUGGAAAAGAAUAGUGAACCACCUCUCAAUAAAACAGCUUUAGUUAAGAUGUUAAAAGCACGUAAAGCAGUACCAUUUCAUGAAAGACUAUGUUCUAUAUGUCAUAAUAUACCGAAAAGUAAAGAAUGGCAAGAAGCACGAGUACUUAAUGAUGAUAUUCAUGUAUUUUUUUGUGGAAAAAGAACAGGAAGUUUUGCCCAUUGGGAGCCUAUUUUUAUUGGAACAAAUAAUGAUCCUCUUUAUGAUGAAAGACUUACUUGGGAGGGUAAAAGUGAUAAAAUGACACAGGGCUAUGCACUUUGUGUUUUGGAUUAUGACUUUUUAAUUUUAGAUAAUGCAUUUCUAGUACAUCGGCCAGGUAUUAAACGUUAUAAAAAAGAUCCUCGUCGUGAUACAUUGACCGAAAAAACUAAUAUGAUUAUCCGGAAAAUUAUUAUGCCUGAAUUGAAAAUUAUGUAUGGAUUGAGAAAAGGUUGUGUCAUUUAAUUCAAUCGUAUGUUUAUACGUGUGAAUAUAUAUUUUUAAAGUAGUACACCCUAAAAAA